AUGCUAAGCGGUUUCAUCGUAUCAGUGUUGAGAGAGGAUGCUUAUGCAAAUGAUGGAGUUGAAGCAUGGGCGUUAAUCAUUGCGCUCGCUCUUCAGCGCGCGCUCCUUGUUUCAAAUUCGUUUGUAACGUCAGAUUUUUCGUUGAAAGACAAAGACAAGAGUGACGCUCCUUUCAACUCUGCCGUGCGGUCAGUUUCUGAAAAACUUGCCAAGGUAGCUGUUUUUGGAAUUUUCUUUCUUUAUCAGUGGACUCCACAAGAUACUAUUUCGUUGUUCUUGCUCUUCGUUUCACCUGUCUAUGUUUGCUCGUAUUCAAUCUGUGGGGCUUACCGUUUAAUCAUGGCUUACUUACAACGAAAAAGAAAACCCUUAGAAGUUCCCAAAGAACCAUCAACAGAUGUAGAACAAGAUGAAAUGAGACCAGCGGACGAGACCAAACCCGAGGAAGGUGACGAUCUUAUUGAACCAGCCUGGAGACCAAAACUUAAGAAAAAGCGCAAGCGAAAGGCACAGGGAUGGUAAAGAACUACCGGGCUUGAAAUAC